CACUACAACAUGAGGAAUGUAUUAAAGGGUUACAGCGUCAGGAAGGUUGAGAACCACACUGAUCUGAGAGAUACACCUUUGACACCAUGCCUGGCAAAAGCAGGUCUUUAAGAGAUAAUUGUUAUCCAUGUUCAUAGCUCAACUAUUCAGAGCAGUCGGGAGACUGAAGCAACCCAAAUAUUUGUCAGUAGAAGGGGGUAAACAAUGUGGAAGUACAUUCCAGGGAGUGUUAUUCAGACUUAAAACCGUGAAAAUCCUGACAGGAGCUAUGGUUGAAUUGGCUCCUUGUGCCAGGUGAAGUUUGGUAGCCAGAGAAAGACUCACUCUGAUUCACCUUGUGGGAUGUCUCCAGAGUAGCCACUAGUAGAAGAAGUAGUUGCUGAGGCUCCUCGAGGGAAAGGACAGCUGCUGUUGGAUGAAGAAAACUCCGGAGCUUGGUUGUUCAACUGUGAAUGCAGUAAACACAACUGAACUAUACUUUGAAAAAUGUUGAUUAUGGAAGAUUCCCACAAGAGUAACACUUCAGAGACUGCAUCUCAGCCUGGUUCAACAGUUCCAGGAACUCACAUUGCUCAGAUAGUACAUCAGGUAAAGCAAAAACUAGUGCCGUCGCUAUCAGAAAGUGACGAGUCUCAGGACUCAUCCGACAGCAUAGGCUCCUCACAGAAAGCUCACGGGAUCCUGGCCCGGCGCCCGUCUUACAGGAAAAUUUUGAAAGACCUCUCGUCUGAAGAUACACGGGGCAGAAAAGCCGACGGAGAAAAUCCCAGCAUUUCUGCCGUCACUUCUAUGUCUGUUCCAACCCCCAUCUAUCAGACAAGCAGUGGACAGUACAUUGCCAUUGCCCCAAACGGAGCCUUACAGUUGGCCAGUCCAGGCACAGAUGGAGUACAGGCACUGCAGACAUUAACCAUGACAAAUUCCAGCAGUACUCAGCAAGGGACAAUCCUCCAGUAUGCACAGACCUCUGAUGGACAGCAGAUACUCGUCCCGAGCAACCAGGUGGUUGUACAAACUGCAUCGGGAGAUAUGCAGACCUACCAGAUCCGUACCACACCGUCUGCCACGUCACUCCCACAGACUGUGGUGAUGACCUCUCCUGUGACUCUUACAUCUCAGACAGCAAAGACAGAUGACCCCCAACUGAAGCGAGAAAUACGGCUGAUGAAAAACAGAGAAGCUGCCCGAGAGUGCCGCCGGAAGAAGAAGGAGUACGUGAAGUGCCUGGAGAACCGCGUGGCCGUUCUGGAAAAUCAGAAUAAAACUCUAAUAGAAGAGCUAAAGACUUUGAAGGACCUUUAUUCUCAUAAAAGUGUUUGAUUCUUUAAAGAGAAAGUAUUUUUGUGGACUUUUAAGCUUAAAAAUUAGGUGGAUUUCUUUUUAGUGGAGUUGUAUAAAUUCAAAGGUCAAAGAAGCUACUUGGUAUUAGGUUUCCACAAGCAGACAUGACAGGCUGAAUGGAGAUGACCUUCAGGAAGCUGCUGGCUCAACUGGAAGCUCUGAAAAGAGAGUGCUCAAGGAAACGGACCUUCAGCAGGUCAGACUGAAGUAACAGCCAGCAACGAAAAUGGCAGGUGACAUUAGUGAAGCAGUCAAUCCCUGCUAAGUCUGUAUUUCUCUGUUCCCAAAAACUUGCCUUUCCGUGUGUGUGUGUGUGUGUGUGUGUGUGUGUGUGUGUGAGAGAGAGAGAGACAUUUCUGCCAAUAAAUUUAAAUUACAAAUGUAAAAGAAAGCAUAGAGCAUUAUGAAGUAUGUAAAUUAUGUGCUCUGAUUGUGUUGUGUUGUCAGGUGUGUUAAAUGAGUUUUUAACAGUUAGUUCUGUUGGACGGAUUGGUUUUGGAGACCUCCUAAACGACGCGGAGGUACAUCAUCCUAUGGUGGUGGUGGUUUGUGACAUUUUUAUCAGAAUGAAAAGAAAACUGCAAGUUUGACAGUUUAAUAGUUUGGUUUUUGCUUUCUCUGAUAAGGGCAAUUUUUCCUAAGUAUAAAAUAAAUUGGUUUUUUGAUUCUCUAAUCCUGUAUGCAGUUGAAGAGCAUUAUUCUCUUGUGCUUUAACAGAAUGAAGUGUUUACAAAAGCCCUUAAAACAUUUUAAAUAACCUGAAGAUGCACACCAAAGCUUUUCUGAGGGAUUUUAUAAUCAUCUUACCGUAAGGUUUUGUCAGGUUCUAAAAUAGUUACUGAGGCAAUCUUCCAUUGAAACCAUUGUGUAAUGUAGCCUGUGCUACCUUUAUAAAAGAAGUGACCGCCGAUAUAUUUUUAUAGUGAAUCUUUAUAAAUUCUAAUGUUGAGUUUUUAAUGAUUAUUUUAAAUGUUUAUAUAGUUUGUGUAGUAAAAAAUUUGUAUCUUAAAGUAUCAUUUUUAUAUUAUGAGAAAAAGUUUUCAAUUGGCUGAUAAUUGAAUUGUAUGUUUUAUAUAAAGUUUUAUCUAAAGUUCCAGCUGUGGUCAGUACACCAGCAUUUAACCUCUGUAUUCUAAUCUGUGUACACUUGGAAACUGCAAAACUGUUGUGUGCCUACAUAGUAUGUUUCAUAUCGUCUAUGAAAUUAAAGAACAUUUGAUAAGAUUAAGUUUUCCAAA